AUGAAUAAUCUAGCCGGAACACAAGGCGCCCUUCAGUCCUCACUCGAAACUAUAGGAACCAAAGCUUUCAACCCUGACAGUGAGGAAGCAUCACGUGGAGAAGCUCAGCGCGAGUUCGGAAACCUCAUAUCAAGUACAGGGACCACAUCUCUCAUUGCAGCGCUGAAUGCCCUCAUCAAACCCAAUCGGGUUCCAAGAUGGCUCGCUUUGAGGUUCAUGGAUGUCUUGACACUCCUCCCCCAACGACCUGAUGGUGUCAGGGCCACGCUAGAGUUCAUUUUUUCUACCCAUCCUUCGAGCACUGUAAAAGCUUCGGAAGCAGCCGGGCCGCAGAAGCAGGGCGCCAACAUUACCAUGGAAGCCAUGAAAAUGGCAGCCAACCUUUUGGCCACCCCUCCUGCCGGGGUCACGCCGGAGCAGUGGUUUCCGGGCAUAGCGCCUCAACUUCUCGCGCUCCUCGAUGGCGCCGAAGGUCCGGAUCUGGUUAAAGUAGCUGCCUAUGUCAUUGGAUUCGGCAUAUUGGGAAGGAGGCAGUUUGGCGCGCCAGGCACACCCGGGUGGCGAUCAUUUGCGGAACCUAUGCUCGCAGCCAUCAACCCCUCGCUGUCAUCUGAUAAAGCUGCCCAUGAGACAAUGAUCUUCACUGCUGGCCCCGACGACAUCGUUGAUCUGCAGAAGGAGACGAUAAUCCGACAGCCGGUUCACUUGGCGCUGGCAUUGAAGCGACUUACCUCUCAACUGAACUCGCAUCCCAAUCCCGGAUUGACAACAAGGCUUCUUUCGCCCCUGGUAAAGCCACUGUGGACCCUCAGCUCUUGGCCUGAAGCCGACCUAGAGACUCGCGAGACAAUCUGCUCUCCAGCAAGAAACUUGCUUUCCAUCUACUUCAAAAUCGCUGGGCAAGCAGAGAAAUACUUAAACUUGGUCGACUUUCUUCUCUAUAACGGAGAUACUCUCUCUGAAAAUUGGGUAUGGCGCUACAGUCAGCAGGAGCCACAAAUAUGUGUUGUACGAGCCCGUGGUUCUGUCGCAAAUGCAGUUGUGGAGCUUGACUGGGAAAGUUUGGGCCCCAAAGCGGUGUCUUUCGUUGAGAUACUGCAAUGUGCUGCCUCGGAUACGGAUAUUUCAACCGUCUUUCUCACGCUCUUUCGCCGCUCGUUUGCAAAGCAACUCACGACGCAGCAAGAUGUAGUCAUGAAAGUCGACGAGGAUGAAGAAAAGGAAGACCCCGUAAAACGUAUAAUCGAGUCACAAGUGCUGCAAGUCAUGAUGGAUAGGAUUCCCGACAAGUUGGUUGCAGACUCCAAAGGCCUACUUGAGCUUGCCAGCCAGGUGCUAGCUGAUUUUGAGGCUUCGUCUGAGAAUGCCGAGUCAGUGGCGGUCGCCUUGAGUCUUUUGAAUAUCGUCAUCACAACACCGAACUUCCAGAGGUCGGACAUGAAUAAGGAUGUCCUCAAUUCUAUCGAAUCGUCUCUAGAGAGAAUCAGCCAGGCUGGUCAUCCCGACAUUUCACAGACGGCCAAGAAUCUCCGUCUGCUUCUUACCUACAGGGACGAAAUCGAAGACCCCUUGGAGCGCACGACAGCACCUACGGACCGCCAGAUCGAAGACCGCAAAACUUACAGCCUGGCAAUGUCUUACAUUACCCAGCUCGACUCACCUCCACCAGUCCGUGCCGAAGGACUCAACCUUAUCUCGGGUCUCAUCAAAGCAAACAGCUCGGUAGUUGAUAUUCAAGGCAUUCUCGUUCUUUGUUCUUCUCUGCUUGGCCAGGAAGACGACUACAUGAAUGUCCGCGUCAUGAAGCUUUUCGUGCAAUUGUCAGAGAAGCAUCCCAAAUCAGUCCUAAAGGAACUUCUGGAACACUAUGUUGAUGCCGAUGAGCGUGCCAAUGUCGACACACGCCUGCGAUUUGGCGAGUCCAUCUUGCAGGUCGUGCAGCGGCUGGGUGACAUGUUCUCAGGUGAUGCCGCUAUUCAAGUCGGCGAGAGCAUGCUAUCGAUUGCUGGCCGACGUGGUCACCGAGCCAAGACUGAAGCAAAACAGAACCGGGAACAACGUCUCCGGGAACAAAAACAAAAGGCCGCCGAGAAGGCAUGGGGUGGAGACGUGCCCGACCUGAGCGAGCUGCAAGAAGAGGGCAAGGGACAGACCGAAGAGGAAAAGGCUCGAGACGAUGUCUUGGCCCAGAUUCUUCAGGGCUGGGAAAGUAAGCGUGGCAGCGAAGAUAUUCGGAUCCGAGCCUCUGCGCUCUCCGUCUUCUUGGUCGGCAUGGAGACCAACAUCGCCGGCUACGGCUCGACUUUAGUGGAAGCGAGCGUGGACUUGUGUCUGAACAUUUUGACAAUCGAGACGGAAAUGGAAACAGCCAUCCUAAGACGAGCUGCCAUCGUACUCAUUCUAACCUUUGUCAAGGCCCUCGCGGACGCUAGAGAAGCGGGCAAACGUCUGGGCUUUGGGUUGACGGAUGCUAGUCGCGAGGAAAUAACCAGGAUUUUGGAUUAUGUAGCUGGCACAGACACCGACGGGUUGGUCCGGCAGCAUGCCUCUGAUGUGGCAGAAAGUCUGCGCAACUGGCAAAUGACCAGCAUGUUGCCAGAAAUGAGAGCACCGCCAGCUGGGCUGGAGACACUCGCAGGACUCAAUCUUGGAAGACCCGACUUGCCCGCUACGGCGCCUGCUGUAAGACCGAGGAUUGAAGAGAUUGAAUGA